AUGGCUCAUAAUAUUCUUUCCGUUAUUCUUUCUUUCUUUUUCUUUCUUUCUUUUUCUUUUGUUUUAUACUGCAACUGUCUCAUAACAGUUAUAUUACUCGUCCCCUUUUUGCUUCCUCGUCAAAUUUGCCCAAAGAACGAAACUAAAGACUCUGAUUAUCCGAGCGAUAUUCUUACCAUUACCCGAGAUGCCCAGCAAACCAACAUGGCGCCGAUGAUUACAUCCGAACAACUAAUGCAGGCCGAAUUCAGAAUUUUCGUCCGGAGAGAAAAAAAAAAGCCUUUUCCAAUCUGGUACAUUCUCUUCUUCUUCUUCUUCUUCUUCUUCUUCUUCUUCUUCUUCUUCUUCUCUCUCUCAUUCUCUCUCUCUCUCUUUCACUCUCUGUCUCUCUACAUCAUCAUCAUCCCCUUCUUCCCCUCUCUCUCUCUCUCUCUCUCUCUCUCCCCACUGCAUUUUUCAUUCUGGUUAAUCUUUCGGUACAUUCACUCUGGUACGCUAUCUUCUUUCUCUUCUCUCUCACUCACUCUCUCUUUCUCAGUCUCUGUCUUUCUUUCUCUCUUCUAUAUUUUCCAAUCAAUUUUCUACCCUUCUAUACAAUGUACUUCUAUCUUUCUGUUUUUUGCAUUCCCUCUGUUUCAUCCUCCUCUUCUUCUUCUUCGCUCACACAUUAUCUCUUUCUCUCCCUCUCACUAUCUUCUGUGUUCUCCAAUAAAAUUUCCUUCCUUCCACACGAUGUAUUUUUAUCUUCCUAUUUUUCCUUCUCCCUGGAAUAUCCACCAAUUCCUCCUCCUCCUCCUCCUCUUGUUUCUCUCUCUCUCUCUCUCUCUCUCUUCACACACACACACACACACACACACACUCUCUCUCUCUCUCUUUCUUGUCUUUUCCAAUCAAUUUUCCUCUCUUCUACCUGAUGUAUUGCUAUCUUCCUGUUUUUUCAUUCCCUUUGAUACUUCUCCUCCUCCUCUCAUUUGCUCUUCCUCCUCUCAUUUGCUCCUCCUUUUUCCCUUCUUUUUCUUCUUCUUCUCUCUCUCUCUCUCCCUCUCUCUUUCUUGUCUUUUUCCAGUCAAUUUUCCUCACACACACGAUAUAUUUCAUUUCAUUCUCUCUGGAACAUGCACCACUUCCUCUCCUUUUGUUUUCUCUCUUUCUUGUCUUUUCUCCAAUCAAUUUCUCUCUCACACACACACACACACACACACUUCUACUGAUCUCUCUCUUGUUUUUUUCUAA